AUGUCCUCGCAGAGCCCCGAGGAGCUUCUGAAGGCGGUGGAGGCAAGCCAUGAACGAUACCUCCAAAGUCUUCGAAGCCUCCACGAGUAUCUCGCUGGUGCUGUCAGAGAGAGAUCAGACUCGAGAGCCUCAGCGACACUACCAAGCUCACCGCACCUUCGCCCAUCCCAUAGUCCAGUCCAAAGCCCGGUUCAAAGUCCGACGCUCUCUUCAGAGGCAGCCUUCCAGCCAACACCUCGUCGUCCGCGCCGCCCAACUUUCUCCGACUCUGUUGAGAAACAGCCACUAUCUCACACCCGCGAGAAGCAUGUUCCUUCAUCCAUCCACUCUGAGCUCGACGUCGAGUACCUUCCCCUGCUAGACGUCUCCAUCCCACGCGUUGCUUCUGACGGCUCCUUCACUUCGCCCGCACCAAGGCUCAUCGAGAGAGUCUCCUGGGAGGAUGCGCAGCUUCUAAGCCAUCUGAAACGAUUCGACUUCACCGGCGGCGCUGCCAUCGCCCUCACAGGCGUCAUCAAAAGACAGGCUGAAAUCGACCAAAGCACCAAAUUCGACGACUUUGCAGCCUACGAAAGCCAGGGCUACGUCAGCUCAACCUUUGAGCUCUACGAUGUCGACAAGGAAGGCAUCCCCCGCCCCGUCGGGAAACAGCCAGACCGACGCCGGGGGAAUGAGGCGAUCCCCUCAUCCAGCCAGAUCGUCGACGCCCCGACGGUAUGGAACGCCCUCAAAGGCAUCCAUGCAGACGGCAAAGCCGUCGGCCUCGUCACCAUCCUCCAGGAACCCUCGGCCCUCAUGCUCGGCGCCCUCCACAUGACCAUGGCACCCUACUUCGACAUGUCAGAGCUCCUCAACCACCUCAUCACCGACCACGAGAACAACGGCAAGACGACUGCCUACGUCCACCGCGCCUUCGCACGUGACUCGUCGCCGCCUCACCUUCGGCAGCGCAGCUUUUUCUUCGCCUUCAAGUACUACACCGUCGUCGGUGACGGCCUCGAGCCCGCCCCGUGGCAAAAAUACGACAAGCGUCCUGCAGACAAACGCUCCAGGGACCACAUCGACAUUGCAGAAUGCAGCUCCGUCCUCGCCCUCUCCCUGUCCGGCCAACCCCGUCAGUCCGUCAAGCAAACCCGCCGCCGCGAAGGUCCCCAGGAAGGCUUCCUCUUCGACACCUUCGCCCCUUGGCACCUCCUAUCCAUCCAGUCCUUCCCAGACGACGAGCACACCCUCCGCGGCGGCGACGCCGAAGCCCGCAAGACCUUCGUCUCGGGCCCCUACGCCUUCAUGGACGCCCUCGUCACGGAAUACCGCGACGCCACGAAGCGCAGCCUGGCCCUCCACGCCCGCAUCGCAAAGCUCAUCACGCCCCCGACGGACUUCAUGUUCGACGCCCGGCUGCGGGACAAGCUGCUCUUCGAGGACAAGCACUUCACCUACAUCCGGCGCUACUUCUGGGCCUACAACACUCUCGGCGUCGUGAACGAGGGCCUGCGCGCCAUGCUGUCGGCCUAUCGCGACAACUUCCCUGAUGACUUCUGGGACGGCCGGCAUCCGACAUUGUGGCCUCACCCGGCGCCGGAGUCUCCCGAAGGCAGGGCGUAUCGCGACAAGAUGGCCCCACUGCGUCUUGAUCUCGAGCGGGCGUGUCGCGAUCUGGAGGCGGUGCAUGUGAAGAACGCGGCGACGAGGAAGGAGAUUGAGAAUCUGCGCGACCAGCUCUUUAGCGGGAGUUCGAUCAAGGAGUCCCGGCGGGCUAUCGAGCAGGGGGAUAACAUCAAGGUCCUCACUCUGGGGUCCAUGGUGUUUCUGCCCUUGACAUUCGUCACCUCUGUGUUUGGCAUCACAGAGUUCACCAUCUCGCCGCAGGACUGGCGUUUUGCGGUGACGAUGAGACGAGACCUCGAAGAAAGAGGAGGCUGA